AUGUAUAAUAGGUGUAUAAUAAGAAUUAUAUACUUUUUUUAUACCUGGUUGUUGGAUUUAAGUCGUUUUCGUAAUUUUUUACAUUUAGUUCCUGCUGUUUUCUCUGUGUUACUACUCCUUCGAUUCCCUACUGUGAAUGGUAUUGGUGAAUCAGUUAUUUCUGAUGGUAUGGUUGGGGAGAGUUUAACGUCUAAUUCUUAUGAUGGAGUUCUAAGAUUGACGAAUUGCUUUCCUAAUAUGAUAGUCUCACCUAGUCAAACAACACAGUACUGCGAGGUGGAUAAUGCCAAUGCUUUGAGUAACUUGACUCUGAUAGUUGGGUUUUACACUCCUGAAGGAAGACUCAUUCCUGGAUGGCCAGCUUCUCUUGUGGAGGGAACAAAUCUCAUUUCAUUUGUGCCAAACAGUGGAGUUUUUUCAGGGGAUAUGAGUCUUGUUAUUCUGAACUACGUUCAGGGAAAGGGUUCUAUUCCAGUGACGAAUAACUUCACCAUGAGUUUUGUGAACUCUUUCACGACAAUAGCAUCAUUUACUUCUAACAGUUCCUAUUAUGGGUUGAAGACAAUGGUGCAGACAAAUUUCCCAAAUACCAAUCCCAUUCAGAACUACCUGCUGGUUCCUCCUCAGUCAGACUGUAAUGCCAUCGGAAAAAAAUGUACUGCUGCUGCUGGAUGCUACAAUUUGACGACCUCUGCAUCCCUUCCUGUUCCUGGGAAUUAUUCACUCUGCUUAACCGCGAGUGGAUGGCGAGGCUACUACUUGCCGUGGGGUGCAAUUCCUCUCGAGGUGAAGAUGCUGGUGUCGCAUCCACCGUAUAUGUUCACCAACGACAUGUCCUAUCUUCAAGUGGAAGAUGCGAUAACUGGCAAUUUUAUUACUGAUGAGAUUGAUGUUUUCAUCGUGAAGUGUUUGGAUAAUGAAUGUCCUCCUGUAAUGUUGGAUAGUGGUAAUUUAAUCGUGAGUGUCAAUGCAUGUUAUUAUACCGGUACCUCUGAUCGUAUGAAGGUGUCUAAAAUUGCUGGUAGUGAGCUAUCGAUAGAGCCAGGUGUAUACGCUGUGUGUAUAGAUUUUGGUCUCGAAAGGGGCGUUUCACCUGCUGUUCUUCCUUUUAUAGUUCUUUCUAAUUCAUUUAACUUUUUGAUUACAUCCAAUUCAAGCAUCUUAGUGACAUUUUGGAUUGAAGGAGGAGACAUUUUCUGGCAACAACAACAUUAUUUGAUUUGUGCUCUUAUGCCCAACAAUGUGUGCAAUGGUGGUCCUUUUUCUCCUGAGAGUUCUGUGUGCGUUAAGGGUGAUUUCAGGAAUUCCCAAUUUAUUACUCUUGAUGUUUCAUAUUUGUAUGAAAAGUAUAAUGUCCAUACUAAUAAUAUGACGUUCUGCUUCAUCGUAUAUAAUGUGACAGUGUUCAAUAGGACCUUUUUUUGGUCAUAUGUACUGAAGGGAGUAAAAAAUGAAAAACAUUCAACCAAAAAGUAUGCCAAAUUUGGGAAAGCUAGAAUAUCUGGUAUCGUUGUUGGUGGUUUUUGCUUUGUUACUUUUAUAGUAAUUCUUUUACUUUGGUUUUUAAGGCGAAAAGGUUAUUGCUGUUUUUCAGAUGAGAAACACUCCCGAAAUACACGAACACCUUCUUCUUUAAAUGAGGUACAGCAUGUGCUUGAUUUUCCCUAUAAUGGGGAUUCUGCACUUACAGUGAGUUUACCAUCUAUGCCUUCUCGCAGAAUUAACAGUAUAGAUGAACGGACGAAUCAUUCAUUAAUUCCUGUACCUUCUGCAGAUGAUGGGAUGAGGCAUGUUUUUCCGUUUCGUCAUAUACUUAUUGCUGAAAGUAUAUCACUUGCUGAUUCUGUGGAAAAUAAUUCUAAUGACAUCAGUAAAGGCAAUUGUGUUUCCCUUGUGGAAGGUGUUUCAGAGCCUAUUCCAUCUACUAAUAUGUAUGAAGAUGGAUCUAACUUGCAUACAUCAUAUGAUGUGUCUAAUAGAUUACCUUCUAUUUCUGUUGAAACACUUCGAGAUAUAUCGCAGCAAAUAUUGAUUUCUAGCAGUUGUUCUGAUAGCAACAUAACUCCUCUUAAAAUCAAAGAAAACUGUACUGGGAAAGACGUUAUUAUUCCCCCAUUGAGUUCGAAUAAUAAUAAUAGUAAUCCCUUAUUAGGUAGAAGAAAAGAGAUAAAUGAAGUGGAAUAUACUAUUUCUAAUAUUUCAGAGUCGGUAAAAAAUACUGUUUACACUGGAUAUCACUCUACGUGUUUGCCGGAGUAUGAACUGGGAGUGUACCAUAAUCCUUUUUCAAUUGCGGCACUACAGACGCCAAACAAAACAACCGAUAUUCCUAUAUUCUCAACGGUAGAGGAAGAGAGAAGUGAGAGUUGUUUUGGAAACCCAUUAACUCCUCUUCCUCCCAGUAAAUAUUCUCAUUCUAGUACUGGACGUCUUGAAUCUUGUGAAAUGCAGGAGAAACGUUCUCCUUCUGUUAGUUGUGAUCAACAUGUAGAAAAGGAGAACGAUAAUCAAUAUAAAGAGAGAACAUCCAGCUUCCGUAGAUCUGUGAAACACCACUUCUAUUAUGAGUUAGGAACACAAUCACGUCAUUUCUCUGAACCCACACCAAUUCCAACACCAGAUCCCUCACUUGCUAAUAGGCUCAUGACGAAAGCUGAGAGUUGUCCACUUAUUUAUUACACCAAUCCCGCCCUCCGCGCACCCUCUAUAAACCCUACCUUUAUGCCCUUCUAUAGCACCAAACCAGACUAUUCUAACUUGACUGGUACUAAGAGUAAUAACCGUAUUAGUCAUGAUUAUGAUAGAUAUACUAACACUACUUCUAAUACUUCUAAUACUUAUACUUCUAAUAGUACUAAUAGUAUGGGUAUGAAUACUAACAGCAGUGGUGGUUGUCCUUCACCCUUUAUAGGGUUUAGUGGUGGAGUUGUUUCUCCUGAUAGUUUUAUGGGGAUAUAUGGAUCCUUUGUAGGUGAUGAUCCACUUCCGAAGGUUAUAUAUAUAGACGCAUUUGAUGAACAGGCGUAUUAUAAUUUCCUCAACAGAGAGGGAUCCACAUCUACAGAUGAGUGUACACCACCACAGGGCGGAUCAGACUCUUCGGACUCGGAAUCGGGAGAUUCGAACAGCACAGAUUCAUGA